AUGGCCUCCGCCGACGUGAUCAGCCCGGCGACUCAGCAGCACCCGCACCAACAGCGCCAGAUCCCCAGCUCAGCCAUCGCAAACAUCGACACCAUCGAAGGGCUCGCAGACUCAGAUGACCAAUAUGCCACAUACAAGAAGCUUCAGCGACAACUCGAGUAUAUCAAGCUGCAGGAAGAGUACAUCAAGGAUGAGCAGCGGAGUCUGAAGCGGGAGCUGGUGCGCGCACAGGAGGAGAUCAAGCGGAUACAGAGUGUGCCGCUCGUCAUCGGCCAAUUCAUGGAAGCCAUCGACCAGAACACCAGCAUCGUGCAGUCAUCGACCGGUAGUAACUAUGUCGUCCGCAUCCUCAGCACUCUCGACCGCGAACUGCUCAAGCCCAGCUCCAGUGUGGCGUUGCACCGACAUUCCAACAGCUUGGUCGAUAUCUUGCCGCCCGAAGCCGACAGCAGUAUCGCCAUGCUUGGCGCAGACGAGAAGCCGGAUGUGACGUACGCGGACGUGGGUGGACUGGACAUGCAGAAGCAGGAGAUUCGGGAAGCCGUGGAGCUGCCACUAACACAAUGCGGAGGAUACGCAGAGUGCGGCAUCGACCCUCCACGCGGUGUGCUGCUAUAUGGACCUCCCGGCACUGGCAAGACCAUGUUGGUCAAGGCAGUGGCGAACAGCACAACAGCGUCUUUCAUUCGUGUUGUUGGUUCUGAGUUCGUGCAGAAGUACCUCGGUGAAGGUCCUCGCAUGGUCCGUGAUGUCUUCAGAAUGGCAAGAGAAAACAGCCCGGCGAUCAUUUUCAUCGACGAGAUCGAUGCCAUUGCAACCAAACGUUUCGACGCACAGACCGGUGCCGACAGAGAAGUGCAACGAAUCCUGCUUGAGCUGCUCAACCAAAUGGACGGCUUCGAUCAGACCUCCAAUGUCAAGGUCAUCAUGGCGACGAACCGUGCCGAUACGUUAGAUCCAGCUCUUCUCCGACCCGGACGACUUGACCGCAAGAUUGAAUUCCCUUCGCUGCGAGACAGACGUGAACGCCGGCUGAUCUUCAGCACCAUCGCCUCCAAGAUGAGCUUGUCGCCCGAGGUCGACCUCGACUCUCUCAUCGUGCGAAAUGACCCAUUGUCAGGUGCAGUGAUCGCGGCAGUCAUGCAAGAGGCGGGUCUACGUGCUGUGCGAAAGAACAGAUAUAACAUCAUUCAGCAAGAUCUUGAAGACGCAUACACGAGUCAAGUUAAGGGUACGAGCGAGGCGGACAAGUUCGACUUCUACAAGUAG